GCUGGUGAACUUUCUGCCCAAUCCAUCUUGCUCUCUAUCGCGUGUGCAUUGUACUGAUGUAGGUACGACCGUCCCACCAAGGAUACAGCUAGAAUGCUUUCGGCGUGUGAUUUGUGCCAUUCAAGGAAAGUAAGAUGUGAUAGACAGGCGAUAUGCGCAAAUUGCGUGGACGCGAGAGUUGAGUGCCGGAGAGACCGGCGGCCCAAAGCCCCAUCGAAACCAAAGGCCCCAUCAAGCAUCCUAUCUCUUGGAGAGCGGGUUGCAAACCUGGAAAGAUUGACAAACCAGCCUAGGGGAAACAGCCAUAGUCCGAAUGUACCCGAUGCGAUGUACACUGAACCUAAUAAUACAAACGAAUCAGACAAAGAGACUUCCGCAGAGAGGAGGAAGUUGAAUGCUCAUACCACGCGAUCGGAAAGUGCUCCCCAGGGGCAUGCCGAAUGGGCCACUGCUUCUGAAGAUUCUUCUCACCGCGCAAAACAGGCCAAGGUUAUUCUUCAGAAUGAGCUGAGCAUCGACAAUGAUCUAAUACCUGACCGGCGGACAAUCCUCCGCUCCGCGUUAGAUCUAGUUGAAAAGGUGGCGAACAGAAAGAAUUUGGACUUGGGUGAAUCUUCAUCGCUCAGGAUGGCUGAAACCCACUACGAAGGCAUUGAGGUUCCAGACCUGCCUCCACCAGAAUUAUUGUACAUGCUUCUUCGAGAGCAAUCACCGACAUUGAAUAUUGGAAAAUACGUUCAAGUUCAAUGGCCUGACCAUGUCACUGGCAAAUCGCUGGAAAAAAUGGCCAUAAGGCUCCUGAACGGUGAUGCCCACGGACAGCUAUACCAUCAGCUCUGUGUCUGUAUUUAUGUAAAGGCUGUAUGUCAUGUAGAUCAGCUAUCAAGGUUGUCAAACAACGCCACUCUCUUAAACCGACUUCUGGGCUCUAAGAAGGUGUAUGAGUUCGCUGCCAUUCGAGCGCUUAAAGAGAUCGACAUAUGCACCACGCCAAGUUUCACGUUGGUUCAAUCGCUGAUAUCUGGUGCCAAAUUAAUGCAACAAACCGGCAGGAUGGAUCAAUGCUGGGUGCUCAACUCGUAUGCGGCACGCUUGAUUGUCGCCUUGAAUUAUCAUGAAAUUGACCAUUUGACCCCCGACAAUGAGGAAAUCUUGAGUGCAGUAUUCUGGUGUUACUAUCUUGACAGGACUUUGAGUUCCCUCUUUAUACGGCCAAUGUCGUUACCGGAGCCGUGUAUGCCUCUCGACCAGAUGCAUCGGAAGGAUGAGUCAAUGGCAUAUGGCACCGUGGUUGAAAUUAUCUCGGAUCUAGCUCAAGUGCAGGGCGAGUUGCUAGAUAUCUCCCUUAAUGGGAAGCGCAGGUAUGCCACUGAAAUAUCAGCCAGGUGCGAACACCUCCGAUCAAGAAUGCACGGGAUACAUAAUAAAAUGGAAGCUGCCGGUCACUCUAUAAUCGAUGCCAUUGUCAACGAAUGGCACGGGACAGAAUUUUGUUACUAUGCGAUUUUGGUGGACGUUCUUCGGGCACAGCUAAAGCAUGACCCAAAGGCAGCAGCGUAUAAAGAGUGUUUAUCAGCUGCCAGGACCUCGCUACGAGCGUUUCAGCAUAUUCAGAAUAAUCUUGCAGACGUACCGGGGAUCGAGGGUUCGUAUCCGUCGUUCUUGACAUGGACCGUUUUCUUAUAUCCACUCAGUCCAUUCUUUGUUCUCUUCUGUAAUGUGGUCCGUACCGCCGACUCCGGUGACUAUAUUUUGUUGCAGGAAGUCACUCAAGGGUUAUCGCAAUAUACCGGCAACACUGAUGUGAUGAACAUGUUAGAUCUGUUAAUGGCCCUUCAGAAACUUUGCGAGCCAUUGUUCCAGACCGCACUGUCUCAGAAUGAGCAGGGUCCGCCUGUGUCGGCGACCCAUCCCACCGUGGACAGUCUUCCAUAUCAGGUUCUAGCUCCAGACACGGUGGAUGGUGUCGGAGGCGUACAAGCCAUAGGGCUCUCAACUCUGGGUGCUGCUGAUCCCCAAAUAUUGGCAACAGAAAGCCCACUUGGCUCAUCUACCGAUGAAUUGAUGUGGCAGCUGUUCAAUAGCCAACUCCCGCUGGGAUGGUACGACAUGGACAUGUCAUCCUUCAAUGGGCAGUAAUGGGGGUGUUCACUUUUCUAAUAUUUAAAAUAUCGAAAACGGAUAGUCGAUCUAAUCCCUAGCAGCUUUGACAGGAAUAGGGCUGUGGCUGGAAUACUGUCUGGUAGUCUACUGUUUGGAUGUUACGAGUACUGUACAGGCUUUUUAUCUCGUGGUAGUUGUAUCUUCGUUUGAGCCACUGGUAGUGGCAAUAGCCUAAUGAAGGCACAAAGAUGAUACCAGGAAGUAGGGUUGCGUAUCCUUGUUGGUCACCGCGGGUGAUAGAGCAUUGUUUUCUAUAAGUCAACCAAUCCGAGUAUCGCAAUUCGUAAGACA